AGAGAGAGAGUGCGAAAGCAGUCUCUCCUUCUUUUCUUUUAACUUUUUAGCUCUCCUUUGUUUUUUUAUUAAUUAUUAUUUAAUAAAUACGUAGCACUCUUUUCUCUGUUUCAUUUGAUCCACCAUUUCUGGAUACCAUAAGCUUUGCUUUUUAUUUACUUUUUUUAUCUCUUUUUCUCUCCACUGAAGAUCCAUUUUCCAGGAAAAAAAUAUGAGUGGGCUUCGAGCUUUUUCAUCUCCUGAUUUACCUUCUUCACAGAAUCAUGGCGAAAGAUCAGAAGAUCACAGCUUCGAAGGCAUCUCCACAAACGUUAAGCUUCUCUUAAAACUAGUCCAAGAUCACAACGAGGCCGGGACUAAAGACGACCGGAAAACCCAAAGAGUCGCCGGAAUGAUGAGCAUACUGGAAGACCUCAAGACCCGGAUUCAGAAAUCUCAGAGUUCGGGUCGGAAACCGGAGCUCCGGCGAUGCAAUACGGAUCUGAAAACAGGCAAUAAUGCUCCAAGGGACAGCAACAGGAAGCCAAAUGAGGUGGCCAUAAACGACGACAAAGAAAAGCUGAAACGACAACUGAGUAUGAGCUUGGCUGCGAGGAAGAGUCUUGAGAUUAUGUGUACGAGUUUGGGGAAAGAGAAGGAGAUCAUGGCUUCUGAGCUUUCUAGGAAAGUUCAAGAGGUUGCUGAGCUUGAGGAGCUCAUAAGUGAUCUGAGAGCACAAAACGACAUGCUGUUAGGGAAAGUCAAGGCUUGUGCUGUUGAACACAAGGAGAUUAGGAGACCAUCGUUAUUAUCCAGUGUGGGAGAGACCAGCCAAGGCAAUGCUGCUCUACAAGAGAGGAACAAGGCUCUUUCUGAGCAGCUGUUGAAAUCCCUUGAUGGGUAUCGAUCGUUGAAGCGAAAGCUUAAGGAUUGUCAAGAGGAUAAUGGGAAAAUGGAAGUGAUGAUGGAGAAAAUGGGAGGUGAAGUGAGAAAUGGGAUUGAGAGAAUUCAGAGGUUGAAGGAGAAGAUUGGUAAGAAUAAUAAUGAUGAGGGUUUGGAUAUCAUUGAGGAUAUCAAGGCUUUGGAGGGUAUGUUUGAGCGUUUCAAUUUGAAAAUUUCUAAGCAUAGGCACAAGAAAAAUGAGUCUCCUAAGAACAAAAGUGAGACCAAAGUCAGUAAGGGUUCUGUUUUGGAGUGAUUGGAAGUCACUCAAAAUUUACUUGUGAGAUUUAGACAAGAGGGUGUGACAUCAAUUUUAACAAUCAUUAUAUGAAAAUAGAGCACAUCAUUGUGCAAAAAAAAAUACAUUAAAAUUUGAGUGACAUAGUGGAAAAAGGAAAAUGCCAGGCAAAAAUGCUAUAGACAUUGCUCUCCUAGAAUAGGCCUAUCUGGUCUGAGUGUCUGACCACAUUUUGGUCCUCUUUUCGUGUAGAUUUUUAGGGUACUCAAAAUUUCCCAACAUCCUUGGAAUUUUGAGAAAAGGCCAAAGAGAAUAGGUUAUGAUGUGUCAAAAAGGAUAAAGUAAACUUUUUGUACGUUGGUUGUUUCUGUGCAAUUUGACUUUUUUCAGGUUUAGACACGACCCCACUUCUCUCCCCUGGCCCCACACUGUUGUAUAAUUCCCAUCUACUCCUCAUUUGUCCAUUCUUUUCUUUGAAAGCAAGAUAUUAUAAUUAAAAGUUGAGCAAAGUAAUUGCUCUUGAAAGUGCUGUAUAGAAAAUUAUGUUUUGACCUUUUUCUUUA